AUGGUCAGAGCACCAUGCUGUGACAAAGCCACUGUGAAGAAAGGGCCAUGGUGUGAUGAAGAAGACUCUAAACUUAAGGCCUAUAUAGAGCAGCAUGGCACUGCAGACAAUUGGAGGUCCCUGCCCCAUAAAAUUGGCUUGGAAAGGUGUGGAAAGAGCUGCAGACUAAGAUGGCUAAAUUACUUGAGCCCCAAUAUAAAGCGUGGAGAGUUCUCUGAAGAAGAAGACAAUAUCAUUUGUAGCCUCUAUGCUAGAAUUGGAAGCAGAUGGUCUACCAUUGCAACUCACUUGCCAGGAAGAACUGAUAAUGAUAUAAAGAACCACUGGAACGCAAGACUGAAGAAGAAAGUAUUGGGUGCAGAAAUGCCCGAGACCAUUAAUUCACCACUAUAUCCUCCUGUAACUUGUGGGUUUCCUGAUGGUUUCAUUAAUUGA